AUGUGUGGAGGAGGAAUGGGUCGCAGAAGUGCCGCAGCUUCGCUCCUGCGGACGCUCGUCCUGUCGCUGCUUUGCGCGCAGUCGCUCGGACAGGUGUUCAACCUGACGCUGUCUAUUAAGGAGGGUUUGCCUGCCAAAACCAUCGUCGGAGACCUGGGAGCGGGGUUAAGCAGGCCAAGCACCGGAUUCUUCAUCUCGGAGAGCAGGGACUCUUACGUGUUCAGGGAUCUGGAGAUCGACGCGGACACGGGGAUCAUCUCCACCGCCGUGAUCCUGGACAGAGAGAGCAGAGAUAAGUAUGAAUUUGUGGCCGCCACCCUCACAGGUGAGAUGAUAAAGGUAAAAAUAGAGGUGAAGGAUGUGAACGAUCACUCACCUGUGUUCCCCUCAGAGGAGGUGGACUUGGAAAUAUCGGAGCUGAGCCCCCCGGGGAGUCCAUUUCAGCUUCAAGGUGCUAAAGAUGAGGAUGAGGGUGAGUUUGGUACCCAGGGAUACAGGAUCACAGAGCAUGAGAUGGGGGACUUAUUCCACCUGGAGUAUCGCAGUGGAUCUGAGGACCACCUGAGCCUGGAUCUCAUCCUCAUGAGCAAACUAGACAGAGAAACACAGGACUUCUACACCCUCACCAUUGAGGCCUUUGAUGGCGGCAUCCCAGCCAGGACGGGGACCCUCCAGGUGAACAUCCACGUCCUGGAUGAGAAUGACAACCCCCCUGUGUUCAACCAGACUGAAUAUCACACCUCGCUGCCUGAGGAUGCUCCGGUGAUGUCUGCUGUGUGUCAGGUGCACGCCACCGACCUCGACCUGGGCGACAACGGCAGAGUCACCUAUGAGAUCAACAGGCGGCAGAGCGACCCAAACCAGGUUUUCUCCAUCAACGAAACCACUGGGGUGGUGUACCUCAACAAGCCGCUUGAUUAUGAAACUCAAGCUUUUCAUGAGCUGAUCAUCAGCGCGAGAGAUAACGGGGCUCAGCCGGAGUACAGCAGCACCUUUGUGGGCGUGAAGGUGCUUAACAUCAACGAUAACAGUCCCACCAUCAGUGUGCUGUUCCUCAGUGAGUCCGGGGACACUGUGGUGUCAGAGGCGGCUGGGAUCGGGGACUAUGUUGCCCGGAUUUCGGUGUCAGACUCAGACUUUGAGGAGGAGAGGGUCACUGUCACGCUUGAGGGGGUUGAUGGGAAGUUCACCCUGAAGCAGACGGAUGAUUUUCUCUAUGCUUUGUGUGUCAACGCAGAGCUAGACCGGGAAGAGAAGGAUCUGUAUGAGCUGAAGGUGCAGGCAUCAGAUUUUGGGGACCCACCCCUGAGCAGCGAGGUGGUCUUCCUCCUCAGGGUGGCCGACACCAACGACUGCCCCCCAGUUUUUGAGAAGGAUGAGUACAUCAUCAGCAUCGCCGAGGACGCUCCUCAGGGCAGUUCCCUCAUCCGGAUGCAGGCCCGAGACGCAGACGAGGGCGUCAACUCGGACGUCAGAUACUCCAUCCUCAAGUCCAACCAGGACAGCCUGAUCAGCAUCGACCCGGAGUCGGGCCUGGUCACCACGGCUGCCGCUCUGGACAGAGAGACGCAGAUGGAGGUUUGGUUCCUGGUGGUGGCGGCUGAUGGAGGGGAGCCGGCUCUGUCAUCCACGGCUACGGUCACCGUGCUGGUGGAGGAUGUCAAUGACAACGAGCCAGUGUUCCGGCAGCAGCUGUACAACGUGUCCAUACCCGAGCACAGUGACGUCGGGAGCUGCUUCUUACAAGUCGUCGCCACAGAUGCAGACAGCCCCGAGUUCGGCACACUGCUCUACUCUCUGUCCGACGGCUUUGACAAGCAGGACAAACACCCCCUCUUCAAAAUCCACCCACAGACCGGAGAGCUGUGCGUCUCUCAGGACAUCGAUCGAGACUCGGGACAGACGGUCCACGACAUCCUGAUCAAGGCUGAAGAUCCAGGAGGCCUGAGCGCUCAGACCUACGUGCACAUUGAGGUGGAGGACCGGAAUGAUAACGCCCCAGUGUUUAACCCCGACCAGUACACGAUGAGCAUCAGCAGCCACGCUCAGCCCGGCACAGAAAUCCUCAACGUGAUCGCCACCGACCGAGAUGCUGGCAGGUUCGGACAGGUCACCUAUGACGUGAUUCCCGGUGACAUGUCCGGUUUGUUUGCGCUGGAUAAACAAACAGGAAUGCUCUUCCUGACCUCCACGCUGACCCACCUGGGCGCAGCCAGUGUGAAGCUCUCAAUAACAGCGCAGGACGGGGGCGGCUUGACCUCGGUCCGGCCUGCGGAGGUCACCAUCAAUGUUUUGCGCAGCGCUCAGGCUCCGGCUGUGUUCCGCAGGUCGCGCUACACCUUCACGGUGCCUGAGGACGCACCGCCGGGGACUUCUGUGGGGACAGUGGAGGCCAUAAACCCAGCAGACUCUGUGGAAUCAGUAUCCUAUCGAAUCUCGUCUGGAGACCCUCAGGGUUUGUUUUCGGUUCAUCCGCAGUCCGGCCGGAUCAGCAACGUCAGACCUCUGGACCACGAGUCGCAGCCGUACGCCCUGCUGGUCCUCCAGUCCUACACCGACACCUCUCCGGUUUACAGCACCACCCAGGUCAACAUCACCAUAGCCGACAUUAAUGACAACGCUCCAGUUUUUCCCAAACUCAGUGACGCCAUCACAGUGUCUCAAAACACCCGUCCGGGAACAGUGCUGUUCAUCGCUCAUGCCCACGACUAUGACAGUGGUGCCAACGGGAGGGUGCAGUAUCACCUGAAAAGCACCAGAAACGGGACGUUUGUCAUUGACCACAACCUCGGGACGGUGACGUUGAACCGGAGCUUACAGGUGGAUCAUCAGCACAGGUACAGCCUGGAAAUCGUGGCUAAAGAUGAAGGAGAGCCUUCGCAGAGCUCUACACUGACCCUCACAGUCAACGUGGACCGCAGCGCCGCUGAAGACAGCCUGGCCUUCGAGACGUUGGUCUACCAGGUGGAGAUAGGCGAGGGCUACAGGAAAGACUCGAGGGUCAUCCAGGUGAGGGCGCACCGGAGUCGGGGAGCUCACAUGUCAAACUCCGGCCUCACCUACUCCUUGGAGGCAGAAGCGGGAUUUCCUCCUGCUCCGUUCCGGGUUCACCCAAAGACCGGAUGGUUGUAUCUCUCCCACAACCUCGACUAUGAGACAGAAUCCAUGUUUCGUUUCCGGGUGUUGGCCACAGCCAGGGAGGCCUCGCUGGCGAACGUCACGGCCACGGCUACAGUGACGGUGCUGGUGCUGGACGUCAAUGAUAACGCCCCGGUGUUCAGUAGAGACGUCUACUACUUCACCGUGUCAGAGGGGCCGUCGCCUCAAGGCCUGGUAGGAACAGUUAAGGCCAUGGAUAAGGAUUCUGGAAAAAACGCCCAGCUGUCCUACAUCCUGCUCUCAGAUGGGAAGUUCUUUCGCAUCAACGCUAAAACGGGUGAAAUUAUCAACUGGGUGGCGCUGGACCGGGAGCAGCACAGCCAGCACAGUCUGAAGGUGAUGGUGACAGACCAGGGCCGCCCUCGUCUCAACGCCACAGCCACCGUUCACAUCCUGGUCACCGACAUCAAUGACAACACCCCGCAGUUCACACACCUGCCCGCCAGCAAGGAGCUCAAUGUCCAGAUAUGGGCCGGUCUACCUGCUGGAUCCCUGGUGACAAACAUGUUUGCCAAAGAUUUAGAUGCAGGAGAAAAUGGAACGGUCGCCUUCUCGCUGGUCACAGAGGAGGAGGGCGUUGGACACUUUGAGGUCGACAGCGAAAGCGGCGACAUCCGAACGACGGAGCUUUUCGCCCGGGACGCUGAACCGUACUAUGCCCUGAAAAUCAGCGCCAGGGACAGCGGAGCCGCACCUCUGGAGGACGCUGCAGUCGUUCAUGUGCAGGUUCACGGGUUAGAGGCCCUCUAUGGCCGCUCUGACCACCAAAUUGUGAGGCGCUUCACGGUGAAAGAGGACACGGAGCCGGCGACGGUUAUCGGCUCUGCCGGUGUCGCAGACAGAGGCAGAUUCCACUACUCCAUCUCUGAGGGCGACGGCAGCGUUCACUUCGGCAUCGACGGCGCCUCCGGUGACAUAUACGUCAACCAGCCGCUGGACUACGAGUCCGCCACGCAGUACUUCCUCAUGGUUCGAGCGGAGGACGCGGGCCUCGCUCCUGGGGUGAACGUGUCUGUGCUGGUCAGUGUGAUGGUGGAGGAUGUGAACGACCACACGCCCUGGUUCCCUGACAAACUGGUGGUGUUCGGUCUGUGGGAGGAUGCCGCGGUCGGGUCGCUGGCGUUUGCUUUUCAUGCCAGAGACGCUGAUGGGACCUUUCCUAACAGUGCCCUGCGCUACUCCCUGACCUUUGACCCUAAGCUGAGCACCUCUUCGCCACGCCUCCCCUUUCAGAUCAACCCUCACACAGGGAGCCUGACUGUAGCAGCACCCCUGGACCGGGAGACCACCCCCAGCUUCGCCUUCACCGUGACAGCCACCGACCAGGCGAAGAGGAAGGAGGAGCGCAAACAGACGUCGGUGACGGCUCAGGUCUUCCUGCUGGAUGUGAACGAUAACCGGCCGGUGUUUAUAUCAGCCGACACAGUUCAGGUGAUGGAGGAUGCAGAGGUGGGGAGCUUGCUCCAUCAUUUUGUGGCCAUAGAUGGAGAUCUAGGUGAAAAUGGGGUGGUCUCCUACGUCAUAUUGGCUGGAAACAAGAAAGGACUCUUCACACUGGAGGAGAAAACAGGCCUGUUGUUUCUCUCGGCGCCGCUGGACUACGAGACGCAGCGUUUCCACCGCCUCACCGUCCGUGCAGUGGACCACGGCCUGCCCUCGCUCUCCUCCACCCAGACCCUGACAGUGGAGGUGGGGGACGUGAACGACCAGUCGCCGGUCUUCAGUCAGAGCGUCUACAACGCCAGCGUGGCGGAGAACAGAGACCCCGGAGAAGCAGUGAUCAGGGUCUCUGCCAUUGACAAGGAUUCAGAGGAGAACGCCGUGGUGUGGUACAGUCUGCUGCCCGGCCCCGGAUACGAGCUCUUCAGCAUCAACCCCUACACCGGCCUGAUCACCACCACCUCCUACCUGGACCGAGAGCAGCAGCAGCACUUCGCCCUCAGAGUCCAGGCUCGUGACAGCAGCACGCGGCCUCUGACCGGGACGGCCACGGUGCUGUGCUCCGUGCUGGACGACAACGACAACCCUCCAGAGUUCAUGCAGUCGUCCUUCCAGAUCAGCCUGCCAGAAAACCUUCCUCCUGGGGUCGUGCACACUGCUCAGGCCUCUGAUCCAGACCACGGGGAAAACGGAACUAUACACUACUCAAUAUUAGGUGAGGACUACAGAGGUCUCUUCACCAUCAACAGCCACACAGGUGUCGUCAGCACCACGCAGGUCCUCGACCGUGAGGACAGGAAGAAUUACACGCUCACCAUACAGGCACGUGACUACGGCCCCGUCUCGCUCAGCUCCUCCACCCAACUCCAGCUCGUGCUGCUGGACCAGAACGACAACAUCCCCGCCUUCACCCGAAAGAGCUACCACGCCUCCAUCAGCGAGGGCCUACCUGCCGGAGCAGAGGUCCUGCACGUCAGCGCCUUUGAUCCCGACGAAGGGUCCAACGGGGACGUGACCUACUCUCUGACAGAGGACAGCAGCCAGGGGGCCUUCUCGGUGGACGCUCUCACGGGAGUGAUCCGCACCACCCGGUCUCUGGACAGAGAGAGCCGGGCUCAGUACACCCUCAGGGCUGUGGCUACUGACAGCUGCACUCAGGGACCACUGAGCUCUGUGGCGUCGGUCACCAUACAGGUGGAGGAUGUGAACGACAACGUGCCGGUCUGUGACCAGAAUCCCAUCAACGCGUGGGUCUCCAUGAGGACUCUGCCGAACCAGAUAGUUACCACGGUGACGGCAACAGACGGCGACCAGGGGGAAAAUGGGACUAUACAGUUUAUGUUGUCGGACGAGGAAAAUCUGUUUGACAUCAACAGCGAGACAGGAGAGAUUUCACUGAGGAGACGCGUGAGAGCAGGUUUCUCCGGGAGGAAGCUGCAGGUCGUGGUUUCAGACCAAGGCCGGCCCGCGUUAUCCUCCACCUGCCUGUUUUUCAUCCAUCUGAAGGGAGAACACGAAGGACUGCAGUUCACAAACAAAGUGUACAACGCUACUGUCAAGGAGAACAGUCGAGCUGGCACUUGGAUCGCAAAAGUGGAGGCCAGCGACCAAACCAACAGCAGACAAAGGAUCACAUACACCAUAUUCAGUGGCAACGAGGAUCGCAUUUUCUCCAUCAACCGUCACACUGGUGAGAUCCGCGUGCAGAAAGAUAACUCUCUGGACUUCGAGGCGAGCCCUCAGAUCCAUCUGGUGGUGCUGGCCGACAACGGGCUGCAGACGGCUCACUGCAGGGUCUCCGUCGGCCUGCUGGAUGUGAACGACAACGCUCCUGUGUUUGAACACAGCAACUACAGAACAGCUGUGUGGGAGGGACAAGGACACAACACCUACAUUAUGCAGGUGUUUGCGUCAGAUGCUGACAGCGGGAUGAACGGGCAGAUUGAGUUCGCCAUCGUGUCCGGUAACGCAAAUGAAGCAUUCAUCUUGGACUCUGUUCGUGGGAUUCUUGCUACCAAUGUCUUACUGGACCGUGAAAUCACCCCCUCAUACAAGCUGGUUCUGCAGGCGGCAGACAGGGGGAACCCUCCGCUCAGCAGCACCGCCACCAUCAGGGUCCAAGUUGUGGAUGUCAAUGACAACAGCCCUGCCAUCCCCCCCAUGGAGCCUGUGGUUAUAGCAGAGAAUCUGCCGGCAGGUUACAUGGUCACCCAGGUGACUGCGAACGACGUGGACCUGAGCUCAACCAUCACCUACAGCUUUUCAGACAACAGCAGCACCAACUUUCCCUUUGCGAUUGACCGAUACGCUGGCGUGAUCACCCUGACUCGAGCCCUGGACUAUGAGGAGCAGACGGAGUACACGCUGACAGUCUGGGCGUCUGACUCCCUCCACCAGACCACUGGAGAGGUCACAGUUCAAGUGCUUGACGUCAAUGACAACGCUCCAGUCUUCACCAAGGUCUCCUACCAGGUGGAGUUGUCAGAGUUGGUGUCAGCAGACACGUUCGUGUUGUCGGUGUCCGCCAGCGACAGAGACUCUGGACUCAACGGCAAGAUCACCUACAGACUGCUUUCAUCUCCUUUACAAGGCUUUUACAUCCAGCCAGACAAUGGGUCUGUUUUCACCAACAAGCCCUUGAAGGCCAUCACAAACAGCAACCUGAUCCAUCUUCUGGUUGAGGCCAGAGACGAAGGCGAUCCUGUGCAGUCCACUGUCACCUCCGUAGAUGUGCUGAUUCUGGACACCAACGAUCAUGCGCCUUUGUUCCACCAGGACAUCUACACGCUCACCGUCCCAGAGGACACACCCACUGACAUCACUUUGCUGACACUGUCUGCAGAGGAUCAAGACUGGAGCCCCGAAAACACCCAUUUGGACUACGCCAUCAUCAGGGGAAAUGAGGAGAAGCGAUUCUGUCUGGAAGUAAAAAUGGUUCAGGUUGAGAAUCAGAUGAGAAAUGUAGGAAAACUUGUUCUGUGUAACCCUUUAGACCGUGAGACCACGGAGAGUUAUGCCCUAACAGUGAGUGUGUCUGAUCGAGGAACACCUCCGCUGAACAGCUCUGCUGUCGUUAUGGUGACCGUGACAGACUGCAAUGACAACGCCCCUGUUUUUUCCAACACAGAAUACCAUGCACGAGUGAGUGAAAACAGCCAUGUCGGUACCAGGCUGGUUCAGGUCACUGCUCAGGAUCCCGACCUGGGAAUCAACAGCCUGUUGCGGUAUGACAUUAUCUCGGGGAACAGCAAAGGUCACCUCAAGCUCAACCCUCAGUCGGGCCUUCUGGUGCUAAACCACUCACUUGACUAUGAGGAAGACUCAAAAUACACCCUCACCAUCCGAGUCUCGGAUGGCGGUGAAUCAUCUGAAGACCGUAAAGUGGCUUUUGCAGUGGUCUUCAUCACAGUGUUGGAUGAAAAUGACAACAGUCCAUACUUCAUGUUCCCCACUGUUAACUGUUCUGUGCUGGAGAACCUUCCAGCGUUUACCCACACCUGUUCAGUCCAUGCUGUUGACAAUGACUUAGGCCCCUACGGCCAGCUCACCUACUCUAUUUUGUCCUCCUGCUUCAUGGACUAUGGCAGUGGCAGCCCCGAGAAGAAGGAGGCGUUUGCUAUCGACCCCCUAACAGGCGACAUUCACACUAGACAGACCUUUGAUUAUGAACGUGAGAGUGAGUACUGCUUUGUAGUGGAGGCCAGGGACAAAGGCGACAAAGCAGCUACAGUGAGAGUGCAGGUGACCAUUAAGGGAGUGGAUGAGUUCAGUCCCGUCUUCACUCAAAAUCAGUACCAUUUCCUCCUGCCAGAAAAUGCCAAGCCUGGACAGACAGUCGGUUACGUGAUGGCGAUGGACCAUGAUGGAGGGGUGGACGGCCUUGUUGAGUACUCUCUUGUGAAUUCAUCACCGUUUUUCUCUGUGAACAAAACAAUUGGUACCAUUUUUGUGUCAGACCAUGUGUAUCGCAGAAGAGGCAGCCAUGCCAGUGAGGACAUGGUGAAGCUUGUAGUGUCUGCAGGUAGUCCCAGAUUGGCCUCCAGGACCACCAACUGCGUGGUUUUCAUCAAUAUCUCCAGCUCAGCUGAGGCACUCACUGGGGUUCCUCUUGAUGCGCACAUGCUCAGUUUGAGUGUCUCGCUAAUCAUGUUCCUCCUCGUCCUUCUCAUUUUUGUGGGCUUGGUUCUCAGGUACAAGAUCAAGGAAGCGGCAAUCAAAAAGGCAGCUGCCAUUGCUGCAAACUUGAAUCACGGCACGGGCUCAUUUGGCAGGUCCAAUCACCAAAUGCUAAAUGGCAUCUCUCUGCAUAACCGGCCCGGCAUUUUGGUGACCAAGAGGGACAUAUCAAAUGCAUACAGUCAAUCAGACUCAAGCGGCCGUGGAUCUGCAGAAGGUGAGACCGCUGAGGACCAGGAAAUCAAAUGGAUUAAUGACUACCCGAGCCGUAAAAGAGAUGAAUCUGUUCAAGGCAACCAGCCCACGGAGAUCCCACAUUCUGCGUUAACAGGGGACAAUAUCUCCUGCCACUCUGUCGAUGUAGGGCCGGAGCACAUUUUAUCUGUCAAUAAAUGUUUAGUCUCGGGGAUGGCCAGCAUAGAAAGCCUCCACCACUUCAAAGAAGAAGGAGGAGGUGAGGGACUACUUCCUGCAAUACUUAGGGUGAGAGACUUGGAGGAGAGCAUGAGGACGAAUGGGUAUGCUCCCCUCUCGGAAGCCCACGUCUCUGCAGAUUCUCUUUCUUCACUGGUGUGUCUAGAGGAGCAGCUGCAGGGCAGCUACAGCUGGGACUACAUUUUGGACUGGGAGCCUCGCUUCCAGACUCUGGCCUCUGUCUUCACUGAUAUCGGGAUGCUCCCCGACGAGGAGCUUCAAGGUGGCCGUGAGGACUUGGCAGCAGAGGCGAGCUGUCUCAUGUACCCACCACCUCUUAUAACGGGAGUGGCUCAGCCUGGCAUUAGAACUGUACCUCCACGAAAGCCAGGCCGUGUGCCAAGCCUGAGAAGGAAGCCGUCUUACCGCAAAUAUGCAUAUUCCCCCUUAGCGAGGAAUACAGGACUUACCCCUUCAGCCAUGACACCCAGUUUCUCCCCAUCACUGUCGUCUCUCACCAUUAGGACCCCUAGUGCCUCACCAGUUGUCUCUGAGACCGGGGUGGGGGGCAUCAAACUUGACUCAGGUCCCCUCACGGCAAGUCUGUUGGAGGCAGAAAUCCAGUUGUAGACAUGAACUUUGAUCAAGUUCACCUGUGAUAUUUCCAUCUUCCAUUCACCAUCUGAAGGAGUUUCCCUCAGUGUUGUCAGGGAUUUUAAGGGACGCUGCGGUUUAGUUUUGACAACAUUCUACUAUAUUUAUAAAAUACAACAUAUGGAACUUUUUCCGAG